ACAAUAAAUAACGUUCCUUUUCAUCUAAUCGAAGUUGCUCGAGACAAAGCGAAUUAGGGUACGAGUUUGAAUAAAUUAGGGUUUUAUCUGCGCCGUUGAAUUGAUCUCUCAAAAUGAUUUACGACGUGAAUUCUCCGCUUUUCCGUUCGUUCCUCAGCCAGAAAGGUGGCGCCUCCGACAAGAGGAAAACUGAAGAGCAGAAGCCGAAGGAACAUAGGCCAAAGGCAAAUGAGAACAAACCUGUUAUGACAGAGUAACAGAGUGCAUGAUGCAAGAACUAGCUUGAAUGGAGUUUCCAAGUGUUUGAUGGUCAAAUAAUAUUGUAACUCCCUAAGCUUGAAUGUCGAGUUUAUUUCUAUAGACUAUAUGUAACAAGAUUGUUGGUUUUGAUGAGUGAAGCUCUUGGCUGAUAAA